UUCUUAAGUACAAAACAAAAAAGUAUGCCCAGAUACGCUGCUCUCUUAAAUCCAAGCGAGAAAAUGGACAACUUCGCAAAAUUGCCUGAGGAAUGCAUCUCUGAAAUUCUUUCCUUCACUUCGCCCGCGGAUGUAUCGGCAUUUUCUAUUAUCUCUAAGCGUUUCAAAUCAGCAUCCGACUCUGACAAUGCUUGGAGCAAAUUUGUGCCGUCGGAUAUUGACGACAUCAUUUCCAAAUCAUCCAUUCCACUGCACUUUGAGUUACCGCCCACCAAGAAGCUUCUAUUUCUUAGUCUCUGCGAUAAUCCGAUUGUCCUUGAGGCAGGCAAAAAGAUUCUUUAUUUGGACAAGUUUACGGGCAAAAAAUGUGUUAUGUUUGCACCGUCCGAGCCUAUAUUCACCGGCCCAUAUAUUUUCCAGCACAAGCAAAGGAGACCUGAACGAGAAGCCAGGUUUAAGGAGGUAGUUGUAUUGGAGUUUUAUCAAGGUGUGUUUAGCAUUCACUUGAAAAUGACAAAAAAAAUGUUAUUAUCUGAAGAAACAGAGUAUUGUUGUUAUUUGAUGUACACAAUAGAAGAUUCAGGGUACUCUUCGGAUUCAAGUGACUCAAGCUUUACGAUUGACACAUUUAUUAGUAAUGUGCCUCGGAUAGGAUAUUCUGCGACUAGGGUUCGGGAAGACGGGUGUGAGGAGAUAGAAAUCAAAUCCUUUUUCAUCAAGAGUGUGGAAACAGGAGAUGAUGACAUGGAAUUUCAAGCAUCUGUUUGUUUCCCUUGGGUUAACUUGUCUCUUGUCAUUCAUGGCGUAGAGUUUCGGCCUCGUCAUAUGGGACAAGAGGAUGGUAGAAGUCGUUGUUCUGAUAGUGAAAUCUCACUUGAUCACCUCCACAUGUGAGGGAUUCAAGGGUAAACUAGCGCAAGAGAUCAGGUGCCUAUAGUAGUAUAGUACACUCAAAAGGCUAAAGUUUAAUUUGCUGCAUUUGGUGUUAUGUUGCACCAAAAAAAAGGCCAAAGUGGAGUUAUUUGUGAAGUUCUAAUGAGAAUGUUUUAG